AUGUUGUACUUUGGAGUGCUUCCCUACUCCAAGCAGAUGGAGCUGUGGUUUGACAAGGAUGGGAUUGAGAUUAGGAUAACCAACUGGAAAGACGUUCGACGGUAUGCAGGUCUGUGUCGAAGCGACAUUAAGUCCAACGACGAUGAAAACAAGGACGACGGAAUCAUGGACUCAUGGAAGUUGAAACCACAUUUCACUCUCAAGAUGACUUACGAGUACCCGAUCGCAUGCGUAGAUUUCAUGGAAUCGCAAGGAAAAGAGGCUAUUAAGAAGAGCCUUCAAAGUCUUGAAAUUGGUCUUAGGAAAUAUGGCGAUGACAGCAGCAUUCGCGGGAUGUUGUCGGCCACUGCGGACUUCGGCACAACCUCGUAG